AUGGGUAUCUCGCCCACCUGCUCCAGCUCGCUGGCUACCCGACCUUUUCCGCCGUUCUGCCCUCAGUUGGCGCCUCGGGCCCGUAUCUCCCUCUCCAGGAACGUCACAGCCGAAGACGACAAAAACUACAUAAUCAACAACAUGCUUCUACCCAUCCUCGACCACGAAGAGCACGACGUGAUCCUCCUCACGCACUCAUAUAGCAGCAUCCCGGGCAGCGCCGCAGUAGCAGGUCUUUCCAAGGCGGAAAGGACGAAGGAGGGAAAGAAAACUGGCGUGCUGGGACAGAUCAUGCUCGCGGCGUUGCUAGCGAAAGGCGGUGACGGCAAGAGUGUAAAGGACGCUUUUGGAGGCCACUUCCCACCGCAUAUCAGGCCCGAUCCUGAAGCUAGUCUGUUGAGGUGCGAUGACCGGAUACCGCCGUUGUAUAAUGACAUUGCUCCUGCGCACGCAGCUGUUGUGGCUGUCUCCGCUAUGGCACAGGGUAUGACGGCAUUUACGUCGCCGUGUCCACGCGCUAGCUGGGAUAGCGAGGCGUAUAGGGGGAGAGUGGGCUUCGUCCGGACGACCCAGGAUGCGUGUAUCCCCGUGCAGGUGCAGCAGAUGAUGCUCGACGGCACUGGCGUGGAGUGGAUUGUCAAAGACGUUGAAAGUGCCCACAACGCGCAGAUAUCGAAGCCGGAGGAGUUGACGAGGGUUUUAGUCGAGUUGGCUGAGGUGUUUGAGAAGCUUUAG